AUACAAGUGCUAUUAAAACCCAAAUUAAAUUGUUUAAACUAUAUUUUACUGAAUUAAGCACUCUUCAAAAUAAGUUAAAAAAAUAUUUUAUUUGUGAAAUACACUAUAACCAAAUUUUUGCAAAAGAUAAUUAUUUAAAUUAUUUAAAAGAUGAAUCAUUACCUUACCCAAGAAAGCAAAGCCGCAAUUCUAAUACCUUAAAUUUAAAUAGCGUAGAAAUGGAUAGCGAUCUUUUAACGCAAAUUGAAAAUUUAAAGAAUUCUCUUAAUAUUCUUAUAACUGAACAUUCUAAACAAUUACAAGUUAUUGAAGUUAAGAAUAGUUUAAUUUCUGAGUUAGAGCAUAAAUGUGAAUACUUUAAAAAGCAAGUCAAUGAUCUUAGUCUUAGAUUAGAAAGCUUAGAUAAAUAUAAAAGUCAAGUAGAGAUAUUAACAAAUGAAAAAAAUAAAUUAAAAAAUGAAAAUAAAACUGAUUUACUUACUGAAAAUAAUAUUAAUCAAUUAUUUUAUUUAAGUGAUGAUAUGAAAAAUAUAAUUGAAAUAAAGCUUCACGAUUUUAUUAAUGAAAUAAUAAGUAAUUUGUAUUCUGAAAAAAAUCAAGAAGCUAAUAAAAUAGAUAAACUAGUUGAGAAGUAA